ACUGGCAGCAGGGGCAGAAGCUACAGCAGGCAUCCCACGACCACGCGGCCAAGCACGAUGAGCUGUGGCAGCAGGUGGGCACCCAGGAGCAGCGGCUGGGGCAGGCGGGUGAGGCGCUGGUGCAGGCGCAGGAGGAGCUGGCACGGACCCGAGCGGAGCUGGUGCAGGCACGGCAGGAGGGGAACCGCAGCCAGGAGGAGCUGCAGGAGACCAGGACGGUGCUGCGGCAGACCAGAGUGGACAUGGAGCGGGUGCAGGAGCGGGCCAGGGACCUGCAGCAGCAGCUGGAUGAGAGUAAAAGAGCUCUGGCCAGCGCACGGCCCUGCCAGGUCACAGACUGCUGCCCGGAGACCUGGGUGCUGCACCACGGGAAGUGCCUGCUCCUCUCCAAGGAGAAGAAGAACUGGGAGGACAGCAAAGAGUGGUGUAAACAGAAAUCUGCACGGCUCCUUGUGCUCCAGGACCAGGACCAGACCAAGAUGCCGAGCUUCCUCACCAACACGGACGUCUCGUACUGGAUCGGGCUUCAGCGAAUCAGCAACGAAUGGCUCAAAUGGACUUGGGUCGAUGGGACUCCAUGGACUUGGGUCGAUGGGACUCUGUACACAGGUUCCAGGUGGUGGGAGCUUGGAUGGGAGCACAACUGUGGAGCAAUGAAAGGGGGAAGCAUGGUGGCCGCAGAUUGCUUUUCCGAUGACGCCAAGCUCCCUGCAGUCUGCGAGAAGCUGGCCCGCGAGCCCGGCAUGCCCCCAGAGCCGUUUCUGUUCCCCCACUGAGGAAUGAAGGAGACGGGCCUCUUGGCCUGCGGCCAGGACACUUCUCCACAUCCCACUUGCACCCUGGAGCCAGGACUGCACAGAGGGCUCUGGGUGAGGGCGGACCAGGGCUGAGCAGAGCGCUGCCAGCCUCUCCCAUCCCUGACCUAACGCUGCUGCUGAUGCAGCCCAGGACGGCAUUUGCUCUUUCUGCAGCUCCUCGCAUGGCAGAUGUGCUGGGCCCAUGAUGCACCGAAGCCCCACAUCCUUCUCCGUAGCACUGCCCACAGCCACAAAUCUCCCCUUCUGCCCCUGUGUUCACGAUGCUUCCUCCCAAGGACAGUGCUGUGCAUUGGUCAGCAUUGGACUACAUCCUGUCGGCUCCAGUCCAGCUUUCCAGUGUGUUGAGAUCCUUAAUGCACACGUUGAACAUCACCAGGCCCAGGACAGACCCCUGCGGAGCUCUGCUCAAAGCCUCCUGCCGUCCUGGCGUGGACCCGGUCAGAAUUACCGACCCCUUUGCUGGCGGCGAUGGAGCCAGUUGUCUGCCCACCAUAAAGCAGCUUUGAGCAGCCCACGUUUCUCCACUUUGUUUCUGAGGUGGUCUUGUGGGAUCUUGUCCAAAGCCUUGCUGAAGU